CUGCCGUCGUCGUCGUCGUCGGGUCUAGGGAAGCUGAGAGAUUUAUCGGGCCGUUUCAUUUCAAUUUCACAAGAAAGAAACCCUUUUUUUUUUCGAAUCAGAGAGAGAGAGAGAGAGAGAGAUCCGUCAGAUGCCAGUAUGAGCCUCCGCCACCGCACUGGCCCGACCCGAUCCGGGCCGCCGCAGGGGGCGGACGCCGACGAAGAGGCCUUCAACAUCAUCCCCGUCAACAACCUCCUCGCUGACCACCCUUCCCUCCGUUUCCCGGAGGUUCGCGCCGCCGCCGCCGCCCUCAAAGCCGUCGGCGACCUCCGUCGUCCGCCCUACGUCCAAUGGCGCUCUCACUACGAUCUCCUUGAUUGGCUCGCUUUGUUCUUUGGCUUCCAGAGAGACAACGUGCGGAACCAGAGGGAACAUCUUGUUCUUCACCUCGCCAACGCUCAGAUGCGCCUCUCCCCGCCUCCGGACAACAUUGAUUCCCUCGAUUCCGGCGUUCUCAGGCGGUUUCGUCGGAAACUCCUUGGCAACUACUCGAGCUGGUGCUCGUAUUUGGGCAAGAAAUCGAAUAUCUGGAUCUUGGAUCGGAGUCCAGAUCCGAGGAGGGAGCUUCUCUACGUGGGUCUGUAUCUCCUGAUAUGGGGCGAGGCGGCAAAUCUCCGUUUCAUGCCUGAAUGCAUCUGCUAUAUCUUCCACAACAUGGCCAUGGAGCUCAACAAGAUCCUCGAGGAUUGUCUCGACGAAAACACCGGACAACCCUACUUGCCUUACUUGUCCGGCGAGAACGCGUUCCUCAACGGCGUCGUCAAACCCAUCUACGAUACAAUCCAAGCCGAGGUAGAAGCAAGCAAGAACGGAACGGCGCCGCACUGCGACUGGAGGAAUUACGACGAUAUCAACGAGUACUUCUGGACGGAUCGGUGCUUCAGCAAAUUGAAAUGGCCGCUCGAUCUGGGAAGCAAUUUCUUCAGGAACAGAGGCAAGAGCGUUGGCAAAACUGGGUUUGUCGAGCGCAGGACGUUCUGCUACCUCUACAGGAGCUUCGAUCGUUUGUGGGUCAUGCUUGUUCUGUUCAUCCAAGCCGCCAUUAUUGUAGCUUGGGGGGAGAAACAGCCGUGGGAGACCUUGAAGUCGAGAGACGUGCAGGUGAAACUGCUUACGGUGUUCGUGACCUGGAGCGGUAUGAGGUUCGUGCAGGCUGUUAUGGACGCGACUACACAAAGCAGCCUCGUCUCCAGAGAAACCAAACGACUCUUCUUCAGGAUGCUGCUGAAGACUAUAGCAGCCGCAGCUUGGAUCAUCGCUUUCACGGUCCUUUACGCCAACAUCUGGAAGCAGAGGAACCAAGACAAACAGUGGUCUAAAGCCGCUGAGACAAAGAUUUUCCAUUUCCUGUAUGCUGUAGUGGCCUUUUUGGUACCCGAGAUAUUGGCAUUGGCUCUGUUUGUGGUUCCAUGGAUAAGAAACUUUCUGGAGGGGACCAAUUGGAAGAUAUUCUAUGCAUUAACUUGGUGGUUUCAGGGCAAGAGCUUCGUGGGUCGUGGUUUGAGAGAAGGUUUGGUGGACAACGUCAAGUACACGACUUUCUGGAUCGUUGUUCUAGCGACCAAGUUCACGUUCAGCUACUUCUUGCAGAUUAAGCCAAUGGUUAAACCCUCCAAAUUGCUGUGGGGGUUAAAGGGUGUGGUUUAUGAAUGGCACCAGUUCUUUGAUAACAGCAACAGGUUUGCUGUGGUGUUAUUGUGGUUGCCUGUUGUGUGUAUUUACUUGAUGGAUAUCCAGAUAUGGUACGCUAUCUAUUCCUCAUUGGUCGGUGCUGUUGUUGGGCUCUUUGAUCAUCUGGGCGAGAUUAGGGACAUGGAACAGCUCAGGCUUAGGUUUCAGUUCUUUGCCAGCGCAAUUCAGUUCAAUCUCAUGCCCGAGGAACAGCUCUUGAACGCCAGAGGCUUUGGUAACAAGUUCAAGGACGCCAUUCACAGGUUGAAGCUAAGAUAUGGAUUCGGUCGGCCAAUUAAGAAGCUCGAGUCUAAUCAGGUCGAGGCCAACAAGUUUGCGUUGAUCUGGAACGAGAUAAUAUUGACUUUCAGAGAAGAGGACUUAAUUUCUGACCGGGAAGUGGAAUUGCUGGAGCUGCCACGGAAUACUUGGAACGUGAGGGUUAUUCUCUGGCCGUGUUUCUUGUUGUGCAACGAGCUUUUACUUGCGUUGAGUCAGGCCAAAGAGCUGGUUGAUGCUCCCGAUAAGUGGUUGUGGCACAAAAUAUGCAAGCACGAGUACAGGCGGUGUGUGGUCGUCGAGGCCUAUGACAGUAUCAAACAUCUGUUGCUUUCUAUCAUCAAAGUUGACACUGAAGAGCAUUCUAUAGUCACCGUAUUCUUUCAAAUGAUUGAUCAUGCUGUUGAGUCGGAGCGGUUCACGAAGGAGUUCAAAGUGGAUCUUCUUCCGAAAAUUCAUGAAACCGUCAAAAGAUUUGUGGGUCUGUUAAACGACGAGAAAAGGGAUACCGGGAAGGUGGUUAAUACAUUGCAGUCACUUUACGAGAUUGCAACAAGACAGUUCUUCAUGGAAAGGAGGACAACUGACCAGCUGAGAGAAGAGGGCCUCGCUCCACGUGACCCGGCUGCAAAGCUGCUCUUUCAGAAUGCUGUUAGGCUGCCCGAUCCGAAUAAAGAGGAUUUCUACCGUCAGGUGAGGCGGCUGCAUACGAUUCUCACCUCGAGGGACUCCAUGCAUAACAUCCCUGCGAACCUUGAGGCGAGACGGCGGAUUGCGUUCUUCAGCAAUUCGCUUUUCAUGAACAUGCCUCAUGCACCUCAGGUCGAGAAAAUGAUGGCAUUCAGUGUUAUGACACCGUACUAUACUGAAGAAGUUCUGUAUGGCAAAGAGCAGCUCCGGAACGAGACUGAGGAUGGGAUUUCGACCCUUUAUUACCUGCAGACGAUUUAUGUUGAUGAAUGGAAGAAUUUCAUUGAGCGGAUGCGUCGGGAGGGAAUGAAGUCAGAUGACGAGAUAUGGACGAGUAAGCUGAGAGAGCUCAGACUCUGGGCUUCUUACAGAGGCCAAACUCUCACACGUACAGUUCGGGGAAUGAUGUAUUAUUACCGGGCUCUCAAAAUGCUUGCUUUUCUUGAUUCUGCUUCGGAAAUGGACAUUCGGGAGGGUGCCCGGGAGCUAGGUUCAAUGAGUAGUUUGCGGAGAGACCAAGAUGGUAGCUUGGAUGGAGUUGACAGUGAAGACAACCCCUCAUCCCUUAGCCGAGCCAGCAGUUCCGUCAGUAUGCUUUUCAAAGGCCAUGAGUAUGGAACUGCGCUUAUGAAAUUCACAUAUGUUGUGGCUUGCCAGAUAUACGGGUCUCAAAAGGCGAAGAAGGAUCCUCAUGCCGAUGAGAUUCUGUAUUUGAUGAAGCAGAACGAAGCCCUUCGUGUCGCAUAUGUGGAUGAGGUCCCUGCAGGCAGAGGAGAGACUGAUUAUUACUCUGUCCUGGUGAAAUACGAUCAGCAGUUGGAGAAGGAAGUGGAAAUAUUCCGUGUGAAGCUACCCGGGCCGGUUAAGCUGGGCGAGGGUAAACCGGAAAACCAGAACCAUGCAUUGAUUUUCACUCGUGGUGAUGCUGUUCAGACGAUAGAUAUGAACCAGGACAGUUAUUUCGAGGAGGCUCUGAAGAUGAGAAACUUGCUUGAGGAGUACAGACGCUACCACGGGAUCAGAAAACCGACUAUUUUGGGUGUCCGAGAGCAUAUCUUCACGGGCUCUGUCUCGUCCCUGGCCUGGUUCAUGUCGGCUCAGGAGACGAGUUUCGUCACUCUCGGCCAGCGUGUUCUCGCAAACCCGUUGAAGAUCAGAAUGCAUUACGGCCACCCCGACGUCUUUGACAGGUUUUGGUUCUUGACUCGGGGUGGAAUUAGCAAGGCUUCCAGAGUCAUUAACAUCAGUGAGGACAUCUUUGCCGGAUUUAAUUGCACGUUGCGUGGGGGAAAUGUUACUCACCAUGAGUACAUUCAGGUCGGGAAGGGACGGGACGUUGGGUUGAAUCAGAUAUCGAUGUUUGAGGCUAAGGUUGCCAGUGGGAACGGCGAGCAGGUUCUCAGCAGAGAUGUGUACAGGCUAGGCCACAGGCUUGAUUUCUUCAGAAUGCUGUCUUUCUUCUACACGACUGUCGGGUUUUUCUUCAACACGAUGAUGGUCAUUCUCACCGUAUAUGCAUUCCUCUGGGGCCGCCUGUAUCUGGCUCUGAGUGGCGUUGAGAAAUCGGCUCUGGCAGACAGUACUGACAACAAUGCUGCGCUUGGGGCAAUCUUGAACCAACAGUUCAUUGUCCAGCUCGGUCUGUUCACGGCCUUACCGAUGAUUGUAGAGUGGUCUCUCGAGGAGGGUUUCCUUCUCGCUAUAUGGAACUUCAUUCGGAUGCAGCUUCAGCUGUCAUCCGUCUUCUACACUUUCUCAAUGGGAACCAGAGCUCACUACUUUGGCCGAACCAUUCUCCAUGGCGGAGCUAAAUAUCGAGCCACUGGCCGUGGGUUCGUUGUCCAGCACAAGAGCUUCACGGAGAACUACCGGCUCUAUGCACGCAGUCACUUCGUGAAGGCCAUCGAGCUCGGGCUGAUCCUCACUGUCUAUGCUUCACACAGUGUGAUUGCUAAAGCAACGUUUGUCUACAUAGCCAUGACUAUCUCGAGCUGGUUUCUUGUGGUUUCAUGGAUAAUGGCGCCAUUCGCGUUCAACCCAUCGGGAUUCGACUGGCUGAAGACGGUCUAUGACUUCGACGAUUUCAUGAACUGGAUCUGGUACCAAGGCAAAAUCUCGGCAAAACCUGAACAGAGCUGGGAGAAGUGGUGGUACGAGGAGCAGGAUCACCUAAGAACCACGGGUUUCGCUGGAAAACUCGCAGAGAUAAUCUUGGACCUGAGAUUCUUCUUCUUCCAGUACGGGAUUGUUUACCAGCUCAAAAUUGCCAAUGGAUCGACCAGCAUCUUUGUCUACUUGCUCUCGUGGAUAUACGUCUUCGUGGCAUUCGUCAUCUACUUAGUCAUAGCUUAUGCCCGAGAUAAGUACUCUGCCAAGGCUCACAUCCGCUACAGGCUUGUACAGUUCCUCCUGAUCGCGCUCUUCAUAAUGGUGAUCGUUGCUUUGCUCGAGUUCACUUCCUUCAGGUUCGUCGACAUCUUCACGAGUCUUCUGGCAUUUAUCCCUACGGGAUGGGGACUGCUACUGAUCGCCCAGGUGAUGCGGCCCCUUCUGGAGAAACGCAAGGUUACUUGGCAAGUGGUCAUUUCUGUGGCUCGCUUAUACGACAUCCUGUUUGGGAUCGUCAUCAUGGCCCCAGUAGCGUUCCUCUCGUGGAUGCCCGGGUUCCAAUCCAUGCAGACGAGGAUCUUGUUCAAUGAAGCAUUCAGCCGAGGGCUUCGCAUCAUGCAGAUUGUAACGGGCAAGAAAUCAAAGGGUGAUGUCUAAAUCCGAAAAAAAAGGUUUUGAAUGAGCAGUGGAGGAGAGAGUUCAUGCUUGUGUUCCAAGUCUUCGUCGUUUUCUUUUUGUUUCGGCUGAUUUUUGUGGGAGGAGGCGUUCAUAUUCUGAUGUUUCAUCCACACAAGGACGGUUUGCGUUUUGUUUGUACGAUAUAGCUAUAGCCCGGUUAGUCAGAUAUGUUUUUAGCCCAUUGUCUUUGCCUUGUCCUGUGUGUAUUUUUGAACAUAUGAUUUGUGCGUAUUUUUUCAUUUCACUUUGUAGAGCUUUUAUAGCCCAUAGUUUGUUCAGUUCCCCGUUCGCAUUA